GUCUCAAAUACAAGCAGCCUCUUGGGACCACUUGCGCGGCCAGCAUCACCAACAGCGUUAUCCGGCAACCUUUACCACCACCACCACCCUUUCAGGACUACUGCCGCGUUGGAAGAAGCUGCGCAGGACAUUGAAUUGGAUUCUUGCGCAUUUGGAUUCUUUCAGCCAUGCCUCUCUUCGUCCUGGCCGAGACGCCUGCGGGCUACGGUCUGUUCAAGGCCAAGGACAAGAAGCUCUUGUCCCGCGAUGACAUUACAAAGUCGCUCGAUGGCGCCGAUGCCAUCAAUUCCGCUCUCUCGCUGAAGAAGAUGGUCAAGUUCGAGGACUCUGCCCAGGCUCUUGGCGAGUACAGCUCUCUCUGCGAGGGCAAGGUCACGCCGAUGCUGCAGCAGCUCCUUGACGACAUCAAGGAGGAGCGGAAGGCGUCGCUCGCCGUUGCCGAUCCCAAGCUCGGUGCCGCCAUCAACGUCCUCCCUCAGUUCAACAUCACCCCCGUCUCCGACUCGUCGACACAGGAGCUGUUCCGUGCCAUCAAGACCUACCUUCCCGAACUCUUCCCCGACCUCGAGAGCGACUACCUCGGAAACAUGGCCCUGGCCCUGUCCCACUCCAUCUCCCGCCACAAGCUCAAGUUCUCCCCCGAUAAGGUCGAUGUUAUGAUUGUGCAGGCUAUCAAGCUGCUCGAUGACCUCGACAAGGAGCUCAACAACUACGCCAUGCGUGUCAAGGAAUGGUACGGCUGGCACUUCCCCGAGAUGGACCGCAUCGUGAACGACAACCUUGCGUACGCCCGCAUCAUUCUCGUCAUGGGAAUGCGCGAGAACGCACCCAACACCGACCUCUCCGAGGUCCUCCCUGAGGACAUUGAGGCCCGCCUGAAGGCUGGUGCCGAAGUCUCCAUGGGUACCGAAAUCUCCGAGAUUGACCUGGAGAACAUCAAGCUCCUUGCCGAGCAGGUCAUUGGCUUCACCGAGUACCGCCAGCAGCUCUCCCAGUACCUCUCCUCCAGAAUGAAGGCCAUUGCGCCCAACUUGACCGAGAUCCUCGGCGAGCUUGUCGGAGCUCGUCUGAUUGCCCACACUGGCUCUCUCCUCAAGCUCGCCAAGAGCCCUGGUAGCACCAUCCAGAUUCUUGGUGCCGAGAAGGCCCUUUUCAGAGCCCUCAAGACCAAGCACGAUACACCCAAGUACGGUCUCAUCUACCAUUCCUCCUUGGUCGGUCAGGCCACCGGCAAGAACAAGGGCAAGAUUGCCCGCAUGCUCUCAGCCAAGGCUGCUCUGUGUCUCCGUGUCGAUGCGCUUUCUGAGCUCAACUCCGAGGGUAUCGAUGGUGUCGAGCUGGAUGUCGAGGACGAGGAGCGCUCCGAGAUGGGUGUCAGACUCCGCGUCGGCCUCGAGGACAAGCUCCGCAAGCUUGAGGGCCGCCCCAUCAUCUCCAAGGGUACCAAGGUCGCCCCGAACGGCGUGACACCUUCCAAGUUUGAGGUCAAGCCCACUCGUAACUACAACGCCGAUGCCGACGGUCUUGCCACCAACGGCAAGGCCACUCCUAAGAAGCCCUUAAUACAGGAGGUCGAGGACACUCCCAUGGCCGAUGGCGCCAGCAGCGAGGACAAGAAAGCCAAGAAGGCCGCGAAGAAGGCUAAGAAGGAGGCCAAGAAGGCUGCGACUGAGGCGCCUGCCACCCCCAAGGCCAACAAGCUCUCCGAGGCCGAUUACGAGAAGUUCGCCGAGGCCGCCGGCAUUUCUGUUUCCAAGUUCAAGCGGAAGUACGAGCGCGGCGACGUUGAGGUCAACGCUGACGGCACCCCCGCGUCCUGAGCAAGAAGGAGGCCAAGAAGGCUCAGAAGGGCGAAGAUGACGACUCCUCGAGCAAGAAGCGCAAGGCUGACGCUGAC